UCUCUCUCUUGCAAAAUGGCUGCUACAGGUCCCAGUGCGGCUCCUCCCGCGGCUGCUCCGCCGCAGAGUCCGACGGCGGCUCCCACUGCCCCGGCGGGAAGCGCUCCCCCCGCGGCCGCGCCGACUCCGCCGGCCGCGCCGGCCCCGCCACCCGCCGCGCCACUGUCAGCCGCGCUCUCGGGCCCCUUCCCCGGCGGCCGCGUGGUGCGGCUGCACCCGGUUGUGCUCGCCUCCAUCGUGGACAGCUUCGAGCGGCGCAACGAGGGCGCGGCGCGGGUCAUCGGGACGCUGCUGGGGACCGUGGACAAGCACUCGGUGGAGGUCACCAACUGCUUCUCCGUCCCGCACAACGAGUCCGAGGAUGAGGUGGCUGUGGAUAUGGAAUUUGCCAAAAACAUGUAUGAGUUGCACAAGAAGGUGUCUCCUAGCGAGAUCAUCUUGGGCUGGUAUGCAACAGGUCAUGACAUCACGGAGCACUCAGUCCUGAUCCAUGAGUAUUACAGCCGGGAAGCACACAAUCCAAUCCACCUCACCGUGGACACAAGUCUCCAGAAUUCACGCAUGAGCAUUAAAGCCUAUGUCAGUGCCCCAAUGGGAGUUCCUGGUAAAACUAUGGGCGUGAUGUUCACACCGCUAACAGUGAAAUAUGUUUAUUAUGAUACAGAGCGGAUAGGAGUGGAUCUUAUCAUGAAGACCUGCUUUAGCCCCAACCGAGUGAUUGGCUUGUCCAGUGACUUACAGCAGGUGGGGUCGGCGUCAGCCAGGAUCCAGGACACCCUGACCAUGGUGCUGCAGUACGCCGAGGAUGUGCUGUCUGGCAAAGUGGCUGCUGACAACACUGUUGGGCGCUUCCUGAUGGAUCUUAUUAACCAGGUGCCAAAGAUUUCACCAGAGGACUUUGAGACCAUGUUGAACAGCAAUAUCAAUGACCUGCUGAUGGUAACCUAUUUGGCAAAUCUCACACAGUCACAGAUUGCUCUCAAUGAAAAACUUCUGAGUUUAUAAAGAAACUUUUGCCACCCUACACUUUAAAGAGCCUGAAGAAUGAGCAGAUACACUCUUCUGUGGUGUUAGGAAUUUCCUUGGACUGUAAUUUAAUCACCUACAUGACUUGGUUUACAUCAUUAUUUCCAUCGCUCCGAAAAAUCCCUGACAUGUUUUAGGAAGUGAAUAGGAGCGGCUGCAGUUCAGUUGAGCCUGGUAUUUUAAAAUGGAAUAUGAGAAUCUUAUCUCUUGUGGAUUUGUCUACUUGUAUAACAAAAUACAGCUUUAUUGUAAGAAUGUAUUUUGAAUAAAAGUUCCAUUGCAGUGGCAACAA